CUCUCAAGUUUGAGUGCCAGGCGGAGAGCGGCGUUGGACUCCGUGGAUGAACAUCGAGGGCGGAGAAUGGCUUCAACAAGAAAAAACAGCCAUCCCAUGCGGGAUAUCUCUGGUGAUUUCAAUGAUAUUUCCUUUGAAGAUUCAAAGAUGGAAAAAAUAAAGAACUUGAAAAUCAGUAGGAAUCUUACCAAAAUAGCUCCCAGUCAUAGCAGAUUUCUAAAAAGAAGCCAAACUAUGGGUGGACAACACUUCUUCCCGAAAGAGGAUGCUGGGCUGGGGAGUGGGCCCUGGCUGUCCUCAGGGAGCCCCCCGACCACUGCCUCAAAGCUCAGGACCAGCGCCGCGCUGCGGAAACUGGCCCAGAUCGAGUCCAAGAUCAUGAACCGGAAGGUGCAGAUGGACUUGUCUGACAUGGAAUCCAACUCGAAGACCUCCAAGGACAGCCUUCCCUGGAGAGCAGACAAAGUGCCUCCUCGGAGUCCAGCUGAAGUUCCUUCACAGAACACAGACAAAACCUCCCAGAAGCAGGCCCGUGACAUUCCUCUCGCCGAGAGCCACACGCCGCGGGGGAAGGGCAGUAGGUUCCUGAAGAAGAGAGAGCCAGCUGUUGAAGAGCUUUCUCCUGCAGCCCGUUUUGGGAAAGAGAGGACUAUUUCAGCACCCAAAGAGAAAGCACCCGUUAGAAACCUGGGUUCGCCAGACAGUGACGAAGAGGAAAUGAAAGAGUUGCUGGGAAGCUUGAUGGAAUCGUUCAGAGGAAAAGAACCAGGCACGAAUCAGGGCUUCACCAGCGCCAGAGUCAUUGGGAAAAAACAAAUGGAACUGUUCUCGGAUCAGAUCCCAACUCAACCGAAACUCCUGUCACUAUCCAGUGAGGACCUUUCCAGCGCAGAGCCACCUGGGACAGCACAUCUGCCAGCUUUCCAAUUAGCAGGCGGGACUCUUCGCAGUGUGCGCUCAAGAGCUCACUCCCCACAGGCUCACGUUCCCGGGGACGCAGCAUCCGGCGCGGCGUCAAAGCCGGAGCCCUCCAGGGAGGCACGUGGCAGGCUCUCACCCUCUCCCGUGAGGGGUGGGGCCGGGCCUGCGGAGGAGUCGCUCUCGGAAGCCUCUGACGACAGCCUGAAUGAUUUUAGGAUAAAUGUUUUAUCCCUUGAUGAUCUGGCUCCAGCUGUCAACACGCAAUCGGACUUGGAACAGAAAGAAGGAGGUCGGAGGGAAAAGGCAUCCAGCAAAAGCCCCGGGUCCAGGGACCCCCCGACAGGAAGCGAGGUCUCGGAGCACCUGAGCGAGCCCUCGGCCUCCUCUGCUGCGCCCCAGCGUGCUGCUAGCCGGCGGCCGAUGUCUGGGGAGCCUAUGGCCAGCACGGUGAGCUGGGCUUAUUCGGAAGAUUUCGAGAAAUCUCCAAGUCGGACAGCAUCAGAGCCAACGACCCAUUCUGAGGAGUCUCUGGACAGGACGUUGGCCACUUUGUCUGAACUCUCUGCAAGCCUACAGAUAGACCACCCCCCACCAACAGGUGCCUCUCGGAAAAAGUGGGCCCAGGAUGUGACAAGAGUCACGGUGAAGGAGCAGGCUGUGCAGACCCUUGACCCCGCCUUCACCUACCAGUGGACAAAGCAGGCUGGUAUGGCGACCAUCGGGCCAGCCCUGGGAGGUGCCUAUGUGGACCCUACACCCAUCGCCAGUCAUGUUGUCAGCGCAGAUGCAAUAGAAGCCCUGACAGCUUACAGCCCGGCCGUGUUCGCCCUCAAUGACAUGCUUAAGCAGCAGCUGAGCCUGACGCAGCAGUUCAUGGAGACCAGCCGGCACCUGCAUGGGUCCCUCCUGCAGUCCCUGGACCAAGACGCAUUCCACUACCACACCCUGGAGGAAACCAAAGAGUACAUCAGGCACCACAGACCCGCCCCACUGACCAUGGAGGACGCUCUGAGGGAGGUGAAGAAGGAGCUGUGAGCACCACCAGCAAAGCCUCAGAGGUUCCAGCGCUACCAGCAGGGCACUGGACAGUUAAGACACAAAUCUUACGGCGGAGUGGGGCUCCUGGACCGUGA